AUGGACUCAGGAGAGAGUCAGCAUGGCUUCAGUUGUGUCCUGAGCAAAGAGGGUUUGGUGGGCACAAUCUCUGACAAAGUUCAUGACAGGAUAUUCAAGAAGCUGCAUUCACACAGAACUACAGGAGCAAUCUCUGUGGUUAAAGCAUUGGAAGCAAACUGGUCAUCUUCUAGGAUGGAGAGAAGUCAGCAGUAUGGUUCCCCAAGGAAUAAUACAGGGUUUAGUUUUUUUGACAUUUUCAUCCAUGGCAUGAGAAAGAGAGUGAAAACUGAGUUCUCCAGCUCUGCAGGUGACAUUAAGCUCUUCUGUUUAACUGACUGCCGCUUCACUUGGGAAGAAACUCAUAGAACUGGGCACUUAGAGAAACUUGUCCUGUCUGCUCUGCCGCUUCUAAACAAUCUUUUAUCAUUGGUAGAUGAUAUAAGUGAGCCUGACACCAAACAGGGGUCAGAUACAGUUUCAGGAAACUGUCCUAUCCUUCUUCACGUCAUUAAUAAUAGAAAGAGCAUGCACAGCCAGGAAGCAGAAGCUGGGGUGGCUGUUUUCGUUGUUACUCUACAGCACAGAAACAUGGACCUCUCCGUUUUGCCAAACAACAACCAUCCUGAUAAAUUCCUGCAACUGGAGGUGAAGUCUUUGGAGAAAAGCCCCACCUGUCUGCAAGCCAGCUGGGCAAAAUUCCCAGAAGCAGCUUUACCUGGAGUGCAGCGGUGGCACAACAGAGUCUAUUUACAGAGAGAAAAAAGAGCUGUCACUGAGCUGCCAGGCUUAGACUUGAACAGGGUCAGUCAAGAAAUGAUAGACAAAGCCCUGGGGAAACACAUUACACCCGUCACCCUGAAAUCCACAAUCAAAAGAAACCCGCUGUAUAGUGACAUCCAGGUGGACAACGACUGGGAGGAGAAGAGAAAAAACCCUUCCUGGACCGUGCAGGACUAUGACAGACACUCGCUGCACUCUAACCUGGCCAGCCACAUAAAGGAAAAUCCUAAUGACCUACGGUUCUGGAUGGGGGAUAUUUAUACUCCUGGGUAUGAUACCUUGUUAAAAAAGAAAGAGAGAGAAAAAAAGCAUUCCAAAUAUUGCCGAAUCAUCCUGAUCAUGGUACUAGCUGUUUGCAUCCUAAUUACCAUAGUCACACUCAGUGUUUUACUUGCUUAG